AUGAAAGAUCUAAACACUUGGAAUUGUAACUACAGCAGUUUACAAGCUUUAGCUCUAUCACCCCGUACUGAUAACGCAGAUUGUAAAGAUGGGAAAAGUCCGAUGAUAUCACCGAAAACAUCGCCUCAAUUAUUACGAAAACCAUCGAGCGGUUUAACAAAUUCACCUCCUCCUCCACCUUUGCCCCCGAGAAGGCCUUCGCCAACGCUAGGAAGUCCCACUAAUUUACCUGGUUCCAAUCAACAACAACAACAACAACAACAACAACAUGUACAUUUUGAUGAAGCAUCCAUUUCAUUACAUUGCUUUAAUAAAAAUGUAUCGGAAUAUACAGGUGACACGUCACCAUCGUCAGGAGUCCCUGACUCGACUUACGAUGCUCUUCAAACCUCAGAUAUGGAUUCUAUUCAAUGCCUUGAUUUAACUACACCAACCGUACCUACAACUCUUGUACCAUCUUCACAUUCUACUACUAAUUCUUCAACAACAGAUGGGGAGAUUUUAAAAAUGGAAACCAUAACCGACAAAAUCUCACAAAUUUCUAAAAAAAAACCAAAUUAUGAAAACGUUACAAUUUUAGGUAUGUUGGAUACAAAGAGCAAUAAUAAUCAAUUACCGAUACCGCCACCGGCAAAAAUAGCAUUUUCGACUUUGCUACCUCUUCAUCAUCAUCAUCAUCAUUCGACUUUGAUUAAUUCCAGGUUGAUGUCGAACACAAACACGGUUUUGGUUUCAUCUCAUUCUCACACUCAUCCUUUACCCUCACCAUCGAGGACUCCGACGUCGGAUUCGAAUAUUUGUUUUCGUAAAUGUUCGUUGGGUGAAGAAAGGUUCGGAAUGGAUAACGAAAAGAAUAAAAUAUUGAUGAAAAACAAGAGUGAUGAUAGAAACAUUGCUUAUGAAAAUUUAAACAUGGAUUACAUAACGCAAUUAACGAGCGAGGGUUACACGCAGGACGCGGUUAUAAGAGCUUUGGGCAUAACGAGAAAUGACGUGAAAAUGGCUUGCGACAUUUUACACGAAUUUGCGACAAAAAAAACAACAACGGGCACGACAUAA